CGUCCAACCGGCCUAUCACGUGUAACCACACCUAUCCAGGACCUGAGGAGUAUUUCUGUCUGUAAUAAAGCCCUUUUGUGAGGAAAAACUCACUCUGAUUGGUUGGGCCUGAAUCCCCGGUGGGUGCACUACUGCCCAGUCAUUUGACGGCCUAAUGAAUUUAUUUCAAUUGACUGAUUUUCUUAUAUGAACUGUAACUCGGUAAAAUAUUUGAAUUUGUUGCAUGUUGCAUUCAUAUUUUUGUUCAGUAUAUAUCAUUCUAUAGUAAGUACUGUAGUAUUCUAUAAAAAACUAGUAUUUUUUAUUGUGGGGGCCUCCCCCUCCUAUUUUCCCUCUACUUCCUCCAUCCUCUCUCACCAACACUCACAGUCAGACACACUGACUUACACACACUCUCUCUUCCUCUAUAGCCAGUGACAGAUUGUCCCAGUGGGAGACAGGGAGGAUUAGCACUAUCCCACAAGCUGAUGCCUUGGAACAGGGAGAGGGGAUGGAUUGAUGGAGAAAAAGAGUUAGGGAGUUAAAGAAAAAAGGCAUUAUGAGAAUGGGAUAAGGAUAAGGAUGACAGUCCUUUUGGAAUGCCGGGAUGCAAGAUUACACAGGGAUUAUUUAACUGUGUGUGUGGCUAUGUGUGUGGAAUCUCUGGAUCAGUCUUAACAUGACACAUUAACACAUGUUACCAGCACUAUGUUUUGGUAUUCCACGUGUCCCCUCUUGCUGUUCAUUUCCCAUGCAUGAUAUUUCCCCUCACUCCAUCUCUUUUUUUCUUACGUUCUCUUAAUUUCUCCCUCUCCUCCCACUCUUUUUCUUCUCACUCUCUCUCUCUCUCUCUCUCUCUCUCUCUCUCUCUCUCUCUCUCUCUCUCGAAAUGAAAUAUUAAUUGGUAGCCAGGGAGUAACUGAACCACCAGCGCAACCCACAGUGACUCUGCCAUCAAAGAGCUCUACCCUCAUCUCUCAGGAUUUGAUUUGAUUUGAUUUGAUCUCUCUGCUGGCCACGCCAUCACUUCACCCACCAUCUGUAACAAGAAACACUCUCCCUCUCGUCCUCUCUCUGUCUCAACACUGUAUAAGUAAGUCUGCCACGGCAGUGAGGUGCAACACAUUAGUCGACUGGGUCAACGUUGUUCUUGUACCUUUCUUUUUUUUGGUUUGAAGUAACAGACAAUUAUGGUGAGAAUUCUGGGUAGUUUCCAAGCAACCUACAUUAACUGCUUUGAGGGAAACAGGACGGACUUUGAAGCUUUGGUCUGUCUGUCUGAGGAAUAAACUGUCCCCAUCAGGAAAUAAUCAGGGAAGGAAUUAAAGGGAUAGAGGUAGAUGAGGAAUGCAUUUAUCAGCAGGUAAGAGAGCUGGAGGGAGGGUAAAAGGAAAGGGGGAGCAUGGGAAUUGAGGAGAGAUAGAUGAAGCUGAGAGAAGAGAGGAGGAGGAUAGAAGGAGUACAAAUAUUUGAUCUGGUCUGUGCUCAUGGGUGCUUUGUGAAGUAAUACUACUACAGUAUGUUACUACAACACUCUACAAACAUGUGAAGCUGAGUGUGUGUGUGCGUGCGUGUGUGUGUGCUCGCAUCUGUGUGGGUGUGCGUGCGUGUGUCUGUUUCUGGAGGAAGGGCCCUGGUGGUCAAAAGUAGUGCACUAUAUAAGGAAUAGGGUGCCAUUUGGCAUGCAAGCUCAGUAGACGGAGGGCUGGGGCUGUAGACUAAUGAGGCUGAAAAUAGAGAAUGAGAACCAGUCAAUAGAGAAUGAGAGCCAGUGGGUGACGACCCGUCAAGAGUGUGUGUGUCUGUAUCGGUGUGUGUGUGCCUUGUGUAAUAAAUCCCAUCUACAAUUCAAUCCAAUUACGCAUUACAAUAUGUAUUUCUAUUGAAAGUAUCUGGUGUUCUAAAAAACGAAUCCUAAAAUAAAGGGGUAAUAUGAAUGUCCCCUCCUCACUGUAACGUCCAUCCCGGUCACUCUAACCUGGCUCCUACCUCUGUUCUGUUUGAACUAGCGUGACCACACAGAUAACAGAAUCACUAUCAGCUGUCUGUCAGGGAGAGAAAGGGAGAAAAAAAUUGACAAAAUGAAAAUGUACUACAAGUGUAUUUUUGCCCUGUCACAUUUAUUGAGGAUCCAGAGAGAGUGAGGGGAAGAGAGAGUCUCACAACUUCUUGGCACAUUGUGAAAAAACAAACAUGGCGAGGCAGGGCGUGGGUCGUCUCUCUCAUUCCGUCUGUUUGGUAUUGACAUGUCUGUCCCUGGCUCUCCACCUCAUCCUGGCCCUCUUCUGUCUCUCCGUCCUCCAAACAUCCUGCGUUAUCCCCCCCCCCUCCUCCUGUUCCUCCUCUUUGUCUUUUCCUGGAACUGUUCCCCAUGGAAAACAGGGGAGAUCUCACUCCCUUUCCUCACAAAGCAGCUCACACAAAUUACCAGUAAGUCGCAUGAAUGGAGACUUUACCAAAAUGGCCGCCCACAUAGACCACAACGUGGAGGCCUCAUUCAACAUUGUCAAUGAGAAGGAGAAGGACAAAAAGCUGAUUCAAACCAAAAUGGCCACCAAAGUGAGCCAAUGGAUCAGCAGUCGCUCCAAGCUGGAGGCCCUCUUCAGCCACCCGCUGUACAACCUGCCACGCAAACAUCUGCUGGAAGACGAUUGGCUGCUGAAGUUGAAGCCAAAGAACAAGGGAGGGGACAGUGAGGAGGAAGAUGAGGAGGAGGACAGUGACAAAAGCAGUGAAGAUAGUGAGUGGCAGAGUGACAGCGAGGAGGAUGGCUAUGACCGAGCUAAUUGGACUAGAAGUGCGGACACCCACCCUGCCUGGCUGAGGUACCACCUUGGGAUCUCUCGCUGGGAGCUGUAUGACAGGAAUGACCCUAGCGUUGCCGAGGUGACUCAACAGAUGGCCACACAACGCAUCCUCAGCGCAGUACAGAAGAGUGGGGGUACCCAGCUCAAGCUGAUCAUGUCAUUCCCCAACUACGGACAGGCCCUCCUCAAACCCAUGAGGCAGGAGAGAGAUGCAGAGACAGACUUCAACCUGUUCUACUUCUCUGACUUUGAGAGACACAAUGCAGAGAUUGCUGCCUUCCACCUAGACAGGGUGCUAGGUUUCUGUAGAAUCCCUCCAGUGGUAGGUAGACUCAUCAACAUAACCAGAGAGAUCAGAGCUAUCACCACAGACCACAAACUAUCCAGAACCUUCUUCACCUCUCCUGUGGGUAAUUUGUGUUUCCACGGUCAGUGUGAAUACUACUGCUCCACAGAGAACCCAGUGUGUGGUCGACCCCAGGUCUUGGAGGUGUCCCUGGCCUCCAUGCUGCCUGACCUCUCCCUGGCCCCCAGACGCUCCUGGAGGUCCCCUUGGAGGCGCUCCUACAGCCGCACCAAACUGGCACCAUGGGAGAAGAACCCAGAUUACUGUGACACGGUGAAACAGACUCCUCCAUACAACCAAGGCACCAGACUAGUGGAUCUAAUUGACAUGGUCAUUCUGGACUUCCUCAUGAGCAAUAUGGACAGACAUCACUACGAGACUUUUGAGAAGUUUGGGAAUGACACUUUCCUGCUGCACCUAGACAACGGGAGGGCGUUUGGGCGUCAUUCUGUUGAUGAACCCUCCAUAUUGGUGCCCUUACGACAGUGUUGCAGAAUCCGUCGCUCAACUCUCAUGCGUCUGCGUCUCCUGUCCCUCCCGGGCUUCCGUCUGAGUGAUGUCAUGAGGGAGUCUCUGUCCCAGGAUCCCCUGGAGAGUGUGGCCCCCCUCCUCUCUGUACAACACCUCUCAGUGCUGGACCGUCGUCUGAAAACCAUCCUGAAGGCUGUACACACCUGUCUGGAGCACCAUGAUGACGUUAUCCAUGAUGACCUACAGGGAUAUGAUGUUAACUUAUACCGGCACUAGACAAUAAUUAAGACUGAACAUCCAUUUACAAAACCAUCAAUGCAAUAUGUCUAUCAUUGGAUUCAGCUGUGGUUGAUGAUGAGAUUAUUCUAUUAUCAAUCAAUAAGUUAAUUAUGUGUAUACAUUCAUGGCACAUUUUAACUGUGUGUGUUGCCUAAUGAAAACAAAAAUUAUAAAGUGUUUUAGCAUUACACGGGUGGAGUAGUGUUACUGGAGUUUUCAGACAGCAAGGCCAUUUGAUCACAACAAUGCCAGCACUCAGUAGAAAGAGAAUGCAGUAUAUCAGGAAGUUAUGGUGACAGAACUCACAACUUUUCGGAGUAGUCAGCCUGUAAGCUGGGACAGGAGGAAGCAGUUGCUUCACUGAGGCUGUACUAGUGGGACGUGUCCUCCUAUUGUACAGAUCCGUUUAUCGGUUUACGUUCCCCAGGGGAGCUGGUCACUUGAUCUCAUGUCUGGUGGCGGCUCGUUUACAGACAUCACAGAACCCAAACUUCAGUGGAGGGAUGGCGUCUCUGUCUUCAGAACUGCUCCUUCUAAAAGACUGAGGAGGCGGGACCUGGUCGAUCUCUAUGUCUGCUGUCACCUUGAGGAGACUGGCGAGGUUAAUCUCUUUGAAUAAUAGUAGUGGUUAGCACAGUAGAGAACGCUAUAGCCACGGGGUUGAGAUGAGCCUAUCUGAACAUCCUGCUUAUUACUACCAGAUACUAAUUUCAGAAUCUCCUAAAAGAGCCAGAAGAUAGCGCUUUAAUGUUUCCUUACAACAAAAUCCUACUUUCUGUGAACAAUUUGAAACUGAAUUGAAUUCAUUUAUAAUGAUCAUCAAAAAAUUAUGUUGAUGAUCCUUGCAUUUGAGGUUUUAUUAAAAAACAAUGCAACUGCAUUUUCAUCUGGGGAGAAUAAAUCACAAUUAAAGAAGGUAUCAGAGUUGUUAAACAGGUUCAUGUAAAUAAUCAACUAUGUUGGCUUAGGCUUACAGCACUUCCAAGGAUGUUUCAUGAUGAUUUUUACCGUUGUGUCAAUCAUGUUAUAUACCUAAGCUAUUGUAACAAGGAUUAUUCCAUAGGACUACUAGGAUUUCAUGGCAACGGCUGUUAGAGCUCACUUUGCAACGUAUGAGCCCUGGUUAGAGUCCCUGCUGCAGCUUUCACAUGUCUAAUUAUGUGAUCUAGUGGUGCGAAGCAUUCUGUUUUUCAACAUUGUGUUGGGUGUAAUUACAUUGAUAUAUCUAGUGAACAAUGGAUAUGCAACAAUGGGUGUGACGGAUAGAAGUCAUCACUAUAGGUGUGAUGAAGCCUUUACAUCAAAGUUACCUGAAGCUGGAUGGAAAAUGCUAAGCCCUGACCAGUUAUUCAGAAGAAAUUCAAAACAAACACAUUCUACACAUGUACAAACUACCUGUUUAAAGUGUUAUUACAACCA